AUGGCUUGCUUACCGAGCGAUUGCCUUUCCAACAUCUUCACUUUCUUACAAGAAGAUAAGAUUGCACUACGCGCUUCGAUAUUGGUGAACCGUCAAUGGUGCGAAUAUGCUAUCAAGCAUUUAUGGAAGGAGCCAUUUCGUUUGGCGUUGGCUCUGAAGGAAAAUAUUGAUUAUGGUGUUCGAGAUCGCGCAAAAACUGGCAUGCUAACAGAAAUGUUAAUCAUUAGCUUGAUUAAUAAUGAGGAUAAGACAAAAAAUAAUAUUUCACAAACGCCUCGUAAAUUUGCACUGAUACCUAUUCCUAUCUUUAAUUAUGUCGCAUUUAUCCGCAGAAUUGAUCUUCAAGAUUUAGGACUUGCUAUGAUAGAAUGGUGUGAAUAUAUAUUUUCAAAAGAAUACAGUCGACAAACAGAUUCGAUCAAAAUUCGAAAUGCUAUUUUUGGUACAUUAUUGCAACGCAGAGUCACGAGAUUUACAUCAAACAAACCUUACAAAAAAGAUAAAAUUUUCAUUAAAGAAAUAACGGCAAGAAUCUGUAAACUUUUGAUGAUACAAAUUUUGAGACUUGAUUAUAUUUCAAUUGAAUCAGCUAGUGUUAGUCCGAGAGUGAAGCUCUCAGAAAUUCUUGAGGCACAUUUUGAAGAAAGUUCACAAUUUUCAGAUAUAACAAAUGAUUAUAUGGGAAUCGUUUCAUAUCCUGGAGCUGAGAAUUGCUUAUCACAAGUUGUAGAUUUUUCAUGGAGAGAUACUUGUCCAAGAGCAAUUCAAUUUGUACGCGAUCUUUCUUUAAUAGCUAAAAAUUUAACAAGGAUCGUAUUCGGUGUAAGAUCACAUAAAAGUCCAGAAGAAUCUACAUUAGCUAUGGCAGCACUUCAUACUUUGAUUGAAGCUCAAAAUGCAUUAAGAGAAUUCGAACUUUAUAAUUUCUGCAUAAAUGGAGCAAAUUUAAUAAAUGUUCUUAAACAGCAAAAAGAUACUUUAAUUCGACUCGUAUUCAAAAAUUUUAUUGUAACAAAAUUGGAAUACAUUUCUGAAAUUGGAAGUUUAAUCAAUCUUGAAGAAUUAGAGUUUGUAGGAGGAACUCUUGAGAGCAAAGAUUUUUGGCCAAUAAGCAUAACAAGAUUCCAAAAUUUGAAAUUUUAUCAA